AUGUCGCCUUCGACGAAGAAAAGAAAAAGCGACGUCGGAGGUGAUGAGGAUGAGGACGAGGAUGUUCGAAAGUGCAACCAGUUUUUCGCGGACACGCCGGAACCGUCCAACGUGGACGUCAUCAAACACUCUCUCGAUGUUUAUUUUUCCACACACCACGAACACCUACGAAAUGGAAACAAAAAAAUAGCGUUCAUCACUUCCGGUGGUACCUCUGCUCCGUUGGAGAAACCACCAAUGGCGGUGAGAUUUUUGGACAACUUCUCCUCCGGCGCGAGAGGUGCCGCUUUGUGCGAGUAUUUAUCGAAAGAAGGAUACUGCGUAGUCUCGUUACGACGGACCGGGUCGAAAAUGCCUUUUAUCCGAAAAUGCGAAAAACUCUUCGCCAAAACGAAGAAGAAAAAAAAUGUUCACAACGAACACGUCGAUUUCCUCUCGAUGUUUACCUCCACCACUAGCGAUAACAAUACCACCGAAAUAGGAGAGGAUGAAGAAAACGAGGAGGAUUUGCUGUCUAAACUUAAAUCUAUUCAAGCCGACCGACACCGAGCGUACACCGAGCACGGCUUUCUCGAAAUCGAGUUCACCACUGUCUACGAAUACUUGCAUUUACUUCGACUGGUUAGCGAAAAAGUGAACGCGUACGCGAACGAUGUCAUCAUCAUUCACGCGGCAGCGGUGUCCGAUUUUUACAUCCCUUGGUCUGAACUCGCGUCGCACAAAAUCCAAUCGAACGCGUUAGAAACGAGCGGUAAUUUAUUCGCCAACUUUUCGUCGACGCCGAAAAUGUUAAAGAUGUGCCGAGACGUGUGGUCGCCAAAUGCGUUCUGCGUUUCCUUUAAACUCGAAACAGAUGCGAGCAUUAUAGAACAAAAGACAUUAUCCGCGAUGGAGAAAUACAACAUGCACUGCAUAGUAGCGAACGAGUUAGAUAAGCGGUACGACGAGGUGACACUCUUCCAAAAAGAAGAACACGAAGAAGGAAAGAAGACCGGGGCGGUCGACGCUUUGCGUUUACUUCGAGACCCGGGCGAAGAGGACAUCGAGAAACAACUCGUCGACGAGUUGAAGAGAAGACACGAAGCUCACGCCGCCGCUAGAAGAAAAUUAGCUUCUUAG